GAGAGUGAAGAUUAAAAGUGUAUACUAAUUUUAGGAGAGAGAGAAAACAAUGCUUCUAUCUUUUAUUUUUUUGGGGUGUAAAAAGUAAACUAUAAUAGUGUGUUGUUUGGGGAAAGUGGAUAGUGGGGGUGUAGGUAAUGUUACCUACACUAGAGUGUAGGAAUAUAUAAUUAAUUAGCCUGAGCGGGGUGUAUCUCAUGCAACUGUGCAAGUACAGAUGUACUAGAAGCUAGAUCAUGAAUUUCCUAAAAAAAAAAUCUAGAUUAUGAACUCACCGCCUUUUUAAAUAUUUUAACUGCUCAAUUUUGGCGUGAUUCUAACGGUAACCUUUUCUCUCAACUCCCCUGUUUCAUCCCUCAACAACCAACUUCUCACUUCAUCUUCUACCCCAAACAAUUCAACGGCUACCAAAAAUCAAAAAGCAGAAAAAUGAAACACCCUCAAAAAAGUAAAAAAUUAAACCCCAAAAAGCAAAAAAAAAAAAAACAAAAAAAAAAUAAAAAAAUGGAAGAAGAAUUAAAAGAACCCGAAUUCAAAGAAAAAGAAGCAAUAGUAAUUCAAUACUUAGAUACUUCAAUGUCAAACAAUCUUCUUAGCAAAUACCCUGAUUAUUCCGGUUUCGGUUUCGACUACUCGCAAAGCUCAAUUUGGUCCCCAUUAGUCCCUGGUUUUACUUCUCUUUCGUGUUUGAACCCCAAGUCCCCUGAUUUGAAUAGAAGGCUUUCUUUUGAGAAAAUUUCAAUGUCUAGUAACAUUAAGAAGAAGAUUUGUACUUUUGGGUUGAAUUUAACUGCUAAAAUUCAGAAGAAUAAGAAAAAGAAGAAGAUGUUGAAGUGUAACAAUGAUUCUUCCGAGUUUCAGUCUCCUCCUUCCAAAAAGGGUUGGAAGAAGGUCUUGAAGAUGACAUCUAAACAGUUCAAGAAAAAGAAGGAUAAUCAUCAUCGUCAUCCCAUUUCUAGGGUCACCCUUUCUGAUUUUUUGCAGUCUCAAAAUUUCUAGGCCUUUUGUUUUCUAAUGCUGGCUAUAUGAAUUACUCUGCCAUACUUGUUAGUAUCAUUAUUUUGUAGCUAGUUCAAAUUCUUUAUGCCAAAAAAAAAAAAAAAAAAAAAAAAACGAUUCGGAGAUGCUAGGUAGUUUGUAGUAAGGUUUGGGAGUUUGAGUCUUGUAUGAUCUACACAUCUCCCUUCAUUUCAAUUGUAAUGUAAGAUUGGUAUCGAUUCAAUACAUGCUACAUUCAUUUCU